GCGAGUGCGCACGCGCACACCAACCAGCGGCGUAAAGCAGUGUUGUGGAGAAGGAGAAAGGGAGAAAUAAUUUCCUUAAUCAUGGAGACUUUAUAUGGGAUUCCGUUUGCAGUGCUCGAAUGUCCGAAUAUAAAACUGAAGAAACCCUCAUGGCUUCACAUGCCGUCGGCUAUGACCGUGUAUGCGGUCGUCAUUGUAUCAUACUUUCUCAUCACAGGAGGUAUUAUUUAUGACGUCAUUGUAGAACCUCCAAGUGUGGGUUCAAUGACUGAUGAGCAUGGACACCAGAGACCAGUUGCCUUUUUGGCAUACAGAGUUAAUGGGCAGUACAUUAUGGAGGGGUUAGCCUCCAGUUUUCUCUUCACCAUGGGAGGCCUGGGCUUCAUAAUCCUGGACCGCUCCAACGCACCAAACAUUCCCAAACUCAACCGCUUCCUGCUGCUUUUCAUUGGCUUUGUCAGCGUCCUUCUCAGCUUCUUCAUGGCCCGAGUUUUCAUGCGCAUGAAACUGCCAGGAUACCUCAUGGGCUAACGGCAUGGAUAACAGAAAAUUACCAAACAGAAUCAGUAAUGGAUAAAGAUGGCUUCACUAAAUCAUUACCAAUAAAGACUGAAAGCACUGACUGGUCAAGAGAUGCAACCAGACCAACCUAAAAAAGAAAAAAAAACAAGACCCCUUAGCAGAUAUCUGUAUUAGGCGUAAAUGUUACUGGCUACUCAUGUUUGGUUUUUUUGUUCUUCUAAAACCUGCCGUGAAUAUAAAGAGUUGCAGAAAUGUUUUGGGGUCACUGGGGACAAAAAAAAGCUCUGGAAAGGAAACAAAGUGCCGAUGGGAGGCAGCCGCCAAUUUAAAUGCAGACUUGGAACUGUGCGCUUUAACUUGCAAAGUGUCUAAAAGUGUUUGUCAGUUUUUGUAUUGAAGUAACUGAACAAGACCAAUUAAAGUGGAUUGGUUUUGUUUUUGUAUGAGGUUAAAUAAAUCAUUUACAAAAAUCCCUA